AUGAAGCCCACCUCCGAGCCCCCGAAGCGUACGAACGGGAAUAAUGACCUCCACGAGGCUACCAAAACAAAGAGCCAGUGUCUCCCAUCAUAUCUUAUCCCUCGACCAUCCAUAGAGGACCAACCGACAAACCCCAAUCACGCUAUGAGCUCACGUCGAUACCUGGUCUUACCACCGGAGAUCAAUCGCCUACCUCCACAGCCAAUGACGACUUCCCUAAACCCACAGCCAGCUGGAUGGGAGGACAGGAAGAUGUGGCUGCACGCAAAAAUCGAAGAAGAGCGGCGCAGACAGGAAGAAGAAAAAACACACCGGGCUAAAGUUGUACUCGAACAGCGGCGCAUCGAACAGUCAAUACUGUCAGAUGCUCUGGAUGCUGGUGUCCCACCCAACAUGGUCCCACUAAUCUUUAACGGCAUCUAUACCACUGGUGCCAAUCUUCAAUUAGCGGCUGAACUGCAGAGGCAGUGGUCUGCACCUUCUGCGAUGCCCCAACCGCAAAAUAACCCGGGCCCAGCGUCAUCUGCAAGGCUUCCAGUUGCGCCCCAGCCGCCUCAGCAGGGCCCUAGACAGCCUCCUCGAGCACAAGCUAGUGAGCUACCACCGACGGUCUCAAACCAUCUGCGGGAAACACGCCAUACUUGGUGGUCGGAGGCCAUGUCGAAUUCACAUCGAGCGCGAGUGAUAAACUCUGAACGAGAGCAGCUGAGGCGCAAGCUGAUAGCUCAGAACGUAGAGUUCGCUGACAAGGACCUGUUGGAUACAGCCUUUGAACACACUUUCCCAGUUACGAGCUCCAUGGUCCAGGCCCAUCCCUCUCGAUACUGGGCUAGUCCUUCCGAUAAGACAUCUAGGUCGCAAGAAAAACGACAGCAAGCCCCCCAGAAAGCUCAUCCCAUGGUUUCCCAAGAAUCUGGCCGGCUGCAGCUAAUAAACACUGCCAGUGUCACAAAUGUCCCAUCUCACGUUCACCCGGAGCAAACAAAUCCACUUAGCCCGAAGCGAAAGGAUCAGAGAUCGCAUGAGAAAGUCCCUCCACCUAAACAUCGUCAAAAUGAGACAUUAUGCUGUGAACAAGAUUUAUCUGAUGCUGUCCAUGUAUCGAGUCCCGUGGAAGACACAAUUGUAAGCAUCAAGUUGGAGUGA